AUGAGCGCGACUCAUCGCCUGCGGUCUGGGUUCCCAGCAACCCAAACUGCCGCCACCAGACGACGGCUGCAAGACGACAACGAGCCGCCGGCAGAUGCCUUUAGCUCAAAACUCGGAUUGAACAGAAACCCAAAGCUGCCUUUGGCCCAGGAGAAAGCAGCUCCCCGCAUCUCCAGCACCCAGCCCGUCAUUCCCUUGACGCUCCUCGAUGCGCCACAACAACGAUUGUACGCCUUUGCUGUUUACGUCUUGCUGUGGGCGUGGAAACUCUACGACUGGCUACAAGUGGUGGAGGAUGGAGAUGCCUCUUGGUGGCUCUUUUUGAAAUGGAUUCUCAUUGACUUUGUUUUUCUCUUUGGGCUCCCGGAGCUGAGGAUACCAUGGCUGGAACUCUCCCAGCUCGUGGUUACCGCUGUCUUUGCAUCUCACUUAGUGACUAACUACAUGCUCAUGUUUAACAUUCCGCUUCCAUGGCAAGGUUGGCUCCUCGGUGUUGCCAAAGUCCUCUACGAUCGUGAGAUUUCCGUCUCCGAACACCACGUUAAAGUCUCCAAUAUCCUAAACAACCACUCGUUGAUCAUGGGAAAGCAAACUAUCAACAUUCUUCCCGAAGGUUCUGCCGUUCUCAACCCCGACCAUACACCCUUUUGCUUGUCGGCCAAAACCCAGACCUCGGCCUCCCUUCCAAUCUUCUUCAACUCCACUGUCCCUGCCGAAAUCGAAAUUCUUCGUCUUGACCUGGAUACUGGCAAAGAAGAAAUCAUCAAGAUUCCGAACCGAGAAAUAAACAAGGUGGCCAAGAUCAUUCGGGAACACAAUGCGGACCCUGAUCAUGUCCCGUUUCAUUGGACAUACCCAGUCAAGAAGCCAGGCAUCUAUCGACUAAGCAAGGUUUUGGAUGAGUAUAAGCUCGAGGUUCAGAGACCAGUCAGGGAUACAUAUGUGGUGCCUUGCCCACAAGCCAAGAUCCGAACAGCCGAUUCUCCGAACCGAUGUAUUCAUGAUUUGUCCAACUUGUCGCUCGACGUAGUCGGCACGCCACCAUUGAAGAUUAAAUACUCGCGAUCAAUCAACGGGAAAAGCCAUGCUUUCCACUUUCAGAGUCUGCAGCCAGAGGGAUUUACCUCGCCACUGGUCAGCACCUCCGGCUUGGACCUUAACAACGGCGACGACGUAUCCUGGGUCAAGCCUCAACAGGUCACUGUGCAACUUAAUGAGUCUAUGGCUACCACUGGAGACUGGGAGUAUUCGGUUGAGGAGGUAUAUGAUGCUCUUGGUAACGUUGUCAAAUAUACGGAUACAUAUGAAGAGCUGGAUGCACUCAAGAUGAAAUCGCUUACCCAGAAAUUCUCUGUCAAAGAGCGACCCAAGAUUCGCAUGCAGGGUUGCGAUUUGAGAAAUCCCAUCAAGGUGGCAAGGGGUCGUGCAACCAAACUACCCAUCAGCUUUGGCCUCCCUGGUCCCGUGGAUGAUACUUCUCACAAGGUUACCUGGGAGUUUUCACCUAUCGAUUCAAUUACAAACAGCGGCGAUCACGGUGACCAGGUUUCGAUUGGAAAGCACUUUGCCAAGAAUUCUCUCGAUAAGCCGUUGGUGUCAGAGCCUGGCCUCUACACGUUGAAAUCUGUUUCAAGCGGAUCUUGUGCUGGUGAAGUGGACGAGCCUUCCUCUUGUUUGCUAUUGAACCCCCUGGAACCUCACCUGAAUCUGCGAACUGAGGAGAUACCCGACAAAUGCGCUGGCAACUCUGUUGGUCUCCGCGUUGACUUGGAUCUUGUCGGCACACCUCCAUUCACCGUACGAUACGACAUUAUCUCCGAUGGACGUGUUGAAAAGCAGGCCCACCGUGUGGAUGCCUUGAGAUCUCAGAUUGAGCUCGUUCCUCGAAAGGCCGGACGUUAUAAGUACAUCUUUAAGUCUAUCGACGACGAUGUCUACACCGGAUUACCCCUGACAGGUGAAGACAAGGUUCUGGAGCAAGUAGUCAAGCCGGCUGCGUCGGCGUACAUUUCCAACCCCGAGAAGACAAUCAACGCAUGUCUCGAAUCUGAAGUGGACGUUGACGUUGUGCUUGCUGGAGACCCACCAUUCAGUUUGGAAUGGGAAAUCAUCCACGACGGCAAGCGCAAGCCUGGACGUGCAACGAAGAUUGAAGAUAGUCACUUUAAGAUCCAGACAUCAACUCUGACAAAGGGUGGAGAAUACAUUCUUGCUCUGAGUAGUGUCCAGGAUCAGCGAGGAUGCCGAACUUUCUUGCAAGAUCAACUGAAAAUCUCUGUGCGUCGCCAGCGACCUAGAGGUGCUUUCGGAUUGAUUGAGCAAAAGAACAGCAUCUUGGCCAUUGAAGAUACGGCUCUUCGCCUGCCCCUCCGCCUUCAGGGAGAGGCUCCUUGGACUGUCUCCUACCGAAACUUGGUUAGACCGACCGAUAUCAUCACCAAGACCGUUAACGGACCAAAUGAUUAUCUUUUAGUUAGGUCCCGAGGCACCUACGAGCUUGUUGACAUUGUAGACAAGCAAUGCCCUGGAACCGUUGAACCCUCAGCCUCCAAGUUUGAAGUCGAUUGGUUUCCUCGACCAGAGAUUACCAUCGUCCCGUCUAAUAGCAUCAAAGACGCUGGCAGCGUGUUUAUCAAGCAGGAGAUUUGUGAAGGUGAUGUUGAUGGAUUUGAAGUCAAGAUGAAAGGAUCCGCUCCAUACCACGUUGAAUACGAGGUCAGACAUAAGCCAGUACAGGGCGCUGCUUCGCUGAGCUCGAGACGUUUCGACGCCGCCUUGUCUAAGGCUGCUGUUGCCAUGGACACGUCCAAGGCUGGCGAUUACACUUACAAGUUCUCUGGAUUGGCAGAUAAUCUCUACAACACAGAUAAGCAUUUCAACCCCCUGACAGUUCAGCAACGUGUGAACGCGAAGCCGUCCGCAACUUUCUCCAAGCCAGGCCAGACGUUCAAAUACUGUCUGGAGGAGCAAGAGCAAGAAGACGUGAUCCCUAUCACUCUUACCGGUGUUCCUCCCUUCAACGUCGAGGUGGAAAUCAAGCAUCAAGUCGGAUCUCCCCCGGAAACCUACAGAAUUCCCUCCAUUCAAACCAAUUCUUAUGGCAUGUCUAUUCCUCGACAGCAUCUCCGCCUUGGCAAUCAGCAGCUGCUCAUCCGCACCGUCCGCGAUGCCCGAGGCUGUUUGAGGAAGUACGACAUUGGCGGGCCCUCUAUCCAAGUCCAACUGUACGACGCCCCAUCAAUAUACCCACUGGAGUCUCGCAACGAUUACUGCAUUGGCGAGCGUAUUGCUUAUACCCUUUCUGGCACUCCGCCAUUUGACAUUGCUUACGACUUCAACGGCCAAUGGCAUGCGAAGUCACAGACUACCAGCUUCCGGCGUAUUGCUGAGAAGCCUGGCGAGUUUAUCAUCACUAGCAUCUCCGACAAGGCAAGCGAAUGCCGUGCUGCUGUCAAUAUUCCCAAAACCAUCCACCCUCUACCUAGCGUGCAGAUCAGCCGUGGUAAGCACUCUCGAGUGGAUAUCCAUGAAGGAAACGAGGUGGACAUCCUCUUUGAAUUCUGGGGCACCCCUCCGUUUGAAUUCACUUACACACGCAGCAGCAACGCCAAAAAGGGACAGCGAAGUAUCGUACUCGAGACUAGACACGACGUCUCGUACGAACACAGCAAGGUCGUCAAGGCUAGCCAGGAGGGUACGUACGAAGUUGUUGCAAUCAAGGACAAGUUCUGCUCCUUUUCCAUGCAACAAGUGGAGCAAAAGAAGGGACGAUAG